GCUUACUUCAAUAAUUGGAAUGAAGUAUACCUUUUUUAUCUUCUCAACUGGUGCUGACAGGCCAUUCAUUUUUGCUGCAGAAUUCCAAAGCCAAGGUUGGAGUGUUAAGGGGUGAAGCUUGUAAAAAGAUUUGGAAUGACCCUUCUUCACGUUUUCUCAUCAUGCAGCUUAGUCUCUCCAUAUUUGAAGCAUCCUAUCAGGCAUAAACUACAGAAUCUGCUUGCUUUCAUGUACUUGUGGUUGUGGUGGAGUACUCGUAUUCAUAUUCAAGCAGCAAAUGACAGUUUAAAUCCUGGUGAUACACUAAAUUACACAGCAACACUAUGUUCAGAAAAGUGCACAUAUUAUCUAGCUUUUACUUCAUUUAGUCCUGGUGAUAACAAUUACUUGGCUGUAUUGACUGCAAAAAAUGAUAUUGAAGUUUGGAUGAGUGAUAGAAACCAACUUGUUGACCAGGAUUCUGCAGUUCUAUCACUUGACCACUAUGGUGUGCUGAAAAUAGGACCUCAACGUGUGAAGCCAAUAAUCCUGUAUUCUCCACCAAAACCUAUCAACAACACUAAGGCCACCUUGUUGGACACAGGAAACUUUGUGCUUCAACAACUUCACCCCAAUGGGACUAACACUCUCUUGUGGCAGACUUUUGAUUACCCCACUGACAUUUUGAUCCCCACCAUGAAGUUAGGUGUUAAUCACAAAACAGGCCAUCGUUGGUUACUGGUUUCAUGGAUUACCAAAACACUUGCCCCUCCGGGUGCCUUUACCCUUGAAUGGGAACAUGUGGAACAAGAAUUGAUCAUAAGGAGACGGGGAAAAGUUUGCUGGCGAAGUGGGAAACUGAGGAACAAUAGAUUUGAGCACAUUUCAGAGGAUGCACAAAGCGGGUUGAAGUACACCCUUGUGUCUAACGGGGACGAAAACUCCUUCUCUUUCACAACUACAAAUGAAGAGCCUGAUCGAUGGUGGUCGUUAUCAGAUAUUGGGCAGAUAUCUGAUGGUGAAGGAUAUGUUGCAAGGGCUGAUUUGUGUUAUGGAUAUAACAACACUGAUGGAGGGUGCCAAAGAUGGCAGGAUAUACCCAAGUGUAGGAAUCCCGGUGACGUGUUUCAGAAAAAUAUUGGUUACUUCAGUACUAACAAUUUAAGCGUUGAGGAAAAUACAAGUUACGUUCACAGUGAUUGUGAGGCCAGUUGCUGGAGCAAUUGUACCUGUAGUGCUUUCAAGGAAUUAUAUCCAAAUGGAACUGGAUGUGUAUUCUUUCAUUGGAUUUCAGCGGAAAAUUAUACUUUUGACAGUACUGGUGGCCCCUUUUACUUGCUGGUGAACACGUUGUCUCAUCAUAAGGGGACAAAAAAGUGGAUUUGGACAGGUGCAGUAGCAGCAACUGCUCUAUUUGCAAUUUGCCUAUUCACUAUUUGCCUAGUCUUAAAGAAGCGAAAAUAUGUGUUUCAAGAGAAGAAAAGUCAAAGGAUAGUGAUGAAGAUGGUUCAUCUGGCAACUUGUAGUCGGUCUUCUCCAACGGAAGAUUUUGAAGUUGUUUUAAAAGAGGGGCAUGGUCUAAGAGUGUUUAAUUAUACAUCAGUUAUGGCAGCAACAAAUGGAUUUUCAACGGAGAAUAAGUUAGGACAAGGAGGCUUUGGACCUGUUUAUAAGGGAAUUCUUCCAACAGGACAAGAGAUUGCUGUGAAAAGACUUUCAAAAACUUCUGGACAGGGAAUUGUGGAGUUUAAGAAUGAACUGACACUGAUAUGUGAACUUCAGCAUAUGAAUCUUGUACAACUACUCGGUUGUUGCAUUCAUGAAGAAGAGAGGAUUCUAAUUUACGAGUAUAUGCCAAAUAAAAGUUUGGAUUUCUAUCUAUUCGAUUGUACAAGACGGAAAUUACUAGAUUGGAAGAAGCGCUUCAAAAUAAUAGAAGGAAUUUCUCAAGGAUUACUUUAUCUUCAUAAGUACUCAAGACUCAAAGUCAUUCACAGGGACAUGAAAGCUAGCAACAUUCUUUUAGAUGAAAAUAUGAUUCCAAAAAUUUCAGAUUUUGGGAUGGCCAGAAUAUUCACACAACAAGAAUCAGCCUCAAAUACCAACAGAAUUGUUGGCACACAUGGUUACAUGUCUCCGGAAUAUAUGAUGGAAGGAGCUUUCUCUACAAAGUCUGAUGUUUUUAGUUUUGGAGUUUUGUUACUUGAAAUUGUUAGUGGAAGAAGAAACCUUGGUUGCUAUGAUGUUGAUCGCCCAUUAAAUCUAAUAGGACAUACAUGGGAGUUAUGGAAAGAUGGUGCAUGUUUAGAGUUAGUGGAUCCAUCAAUAAAGGAGUCGAUUGAUGCUGAUGAAGUACAAAGAUGCAUUCAUAUUGGUCUGUUGUGUGUAGAACAUUAUGCAGAUGAUCGACCAACCAUGUCUGACGUUGUAUCAAUGUUGACAAACAAAAGUGCAAUAGUUUCCUUACCUCAAACACCAGCAUUCUACAUCGGCAGAAAGAUCCUUCAUGAUAAUUUAUCUUCAAAGGGGUCUUGUACUGAUUCUACAUCAGAAAUUACAGCUUCUACAAUGGACACGACUGAUUCCUAUUUAAUAGAAUCAAGACCGAGGCCAUGCAUUUUACAUGCAGAAUUCCAAAGCUUAAGUUGAAGUUUUGUGAGUCUGGUUUUAAUUUCAGGGCUUAGUUUAACUUGAUUUUACAUUUAUCUUUUUAAUGUGUACCAGAAAAACCACACUGUGUCGUCCCUUGUGCAACACUCCCUCCUGUUGAUUACAGUUUCCAUAUGAUUGUGUAGUACUUAUAUCCAUGUUAAAACAGAAUAACAGUUUAAAGUAUGAUGAUGCAUACGCAGAAACAGCAACACUCUUCUGAAAA